GAGCAGGUAGCCAGGAGCAGGACCAGGAGGCAGUUCCAACUUCCAACUCGCUUCCUUCCACCACGUGAGAGAGCAGCAAGGUUGGUAAAACAUUUCUUUGUUUUCUAGCCCACCACCAGCGUUUACCAGUUACCACUGCGCCACCACGACCACAGACCAGAAAACCCCAAAAGCUCCAUCUCUACCCAAAUGAAACAAACACACUUUCCUCUGACAUGCCAAAUUUGAUGGCUCGAUCGAACUCGGAAUCAGACAACAACGUACAGAGCAUCAAAUUCGUCAUAUUCUCCGCAUCUUAGCUAUAGCAACUCACCUCCACAACUUCCCCACCUUCUUAAUCUUCUUUUGGGUAAUAAGAGCUUCGAAAAAGUAUCGAGCUUUGUCUCCAUCCUCGGACUUUCCGUCAGCUAUGAGUACUGCUGCUGCUUUUGCUGCCUUCUCCUUCGGUCCUUCCCAGUGUCAGUCAUGUCAAGCUGAUGGGUCCUCCUGCUCAACAUCAAAUGGGAUCACGAGUGGUUGGAUGAAAACCACUAUUGACACUAGUACCGAUGUUCUCAGCUCAAGUUUCAGGUCUGGAAGUCCGAUCUUGGGAUCAGGAUCAUUAUUCCCUUGGUCAAGCAGAGGACGUGAUCUGAGCCAUUUGAAAGUGUCAGUUGCUGCUGAUUACUCUGAUUCAUCAUUUCCUGACUCGUCUAGUUAUACAAGUGCAAGAGGCUAUCAUCCUCUGGAAGAAGUGAUAGUCAGUAGAAGGAGACCGGAGCCUCAGCUGACACCAGCUGAGAUUGCAAGAACAACUGUUGAGGCUAACAGCGGCGCUCUGGUGGUCUUUCCUGGAAUAGUACACCGUGAACCACAUGAAGAAAUCACAUGGGCGGAGUUACAGUAUGUUGUUGAUGAUUAUGGAGAAAUAUAUUUUGAGAUGUUUGAUGAUAGGAACGUCUUGCGAGAUCCUCAAGCUGGUAAUGCUGUGAAUGCUUUUAUUGGGAUGGACGUCCCGGUAUAUGAGAAUAGAAGAGUUGCUAGCGAUAUUGCCGUAUUCAAUGUCAGAGAUGCCGACGACAUACCCAUUGAAAACGACUAUUUUCCGAUCAUGGAUUAUAAAGACCACGAUGUUCCAGUUGACUGGGGGAUGCCAGACACAUGUACUUGGGUUCAUCCAAUUCAUUUUGCCAAGUGCUUAUCAAAGGCUACCGAUAUCGAGCAUGAUAUAAAAAUGGGUCAUCCAUCAAAUGGUGUUUCUAUUAUUGGGUGCCUCAAACCUGCUUUUGAUGAUGAGGAAGCAUACUUCAGAUCAGUAUGUUAUUCUGAAGAUAGCGAUGGCUAUAGUUCAGACUCCACAGAUGGGGAGAUCCCGAAUUUAAGCUCCAAAAAGAACGUGUCUAGAGCCUCAUCUAUUUAUCGGUUCGAGAUCAUCAGUAUAGAGCUUUUUUCAGUAUAUGGUACUCAGAGACCAAUUGGUUAUUCAGAAUAUCAAAAGGCUGAGGCUGAUGUCCUUCUAAACUGUGUGUCAACAAUCAUAGAACGUUUCAAUGAUAGAGGAAUUGACGUUGAUUCUGCUCUUAAAGCUCUGUGCAAGAAGAAGGGCAUUGAUAGCCAGGAGGCUCAUUUGAUUGGAGUUGAUAGCCUUGGCUUGGAUGUUAGAAUUUGCUCUGGAGUGGAAGUACGAACUCAUCGUUUUCCCUUUAAAAUACGCGCUAGGUCUGAAGUUGCUGCAGAAAAACAGAUUCACCAACUAUUAUUCCCACGAUCUCGUAGGAAGAAACGAAAUCAAGGUGACAGGCUAAGGGACUCGAGGUCACGCUGAUAUGUCCCUGCUGUGCUGAGAACUUCCAUGACCAAUAAGAAAUGACGGCUACAUUGGUGCUUCUGCGGCUUUACCAGGAGAGAACCCGGAAAAUGAUCUUGUUGGCGGCUGACUUACCCCUAACUCCUAGUUCUUUUUAUUGCGGCCUGCUUUUAUUGAUGAUGAUAAUCUCUUAUCGUGGGUUGCUUCCAGUUUGAUCUAGUAAUCCUUAUGUGUUAAAUCUGAUCAAGAAACUUGAGUUCAAGUGAAAGCGCCAGGCCGUCUAGUGUCUAUUGCACUGAAUAAUGAAGGGUGUUUGUAAGACUUGUUUUGAGCAUUCCAAUAAUCUACUGCAGUCUGCAACACACAAAACAAAACUGCUACUUCAAGUUUCCAUUUUAAGCUCCAAAUGGCGGAUGCC